CACUAACCAUACAGAAGAUUUCAAAGGUUUGGAGAUGACGUGUAGCCUAACCCCCCCACUCGUUUCCUUUGCCUCAUUCCCCCACCCCACUCCCUCGAUGCUUCAAAAGAGAGAAGCGUACAACUGAAAGCAAGAAGUGAACUAGAGAAGAGCUGUCUACGCAGGAACCCAAGAACCCAGUCCAAAAUGACACUUCAGGGCUGUGUUGAGCCGAAGGGAAUUCACCCAGAGAGCCUCUGUGAUCAAACUGGGCCUCAAAGCCCAUCUUCCGAACCUCACCGGCCGGGUACCGACCGAAAAGCUGCCUUGAAAAGGGCUCCGGCAGCUCAACCGGAGGCCGCUCCGAGCACCACCGGGGACGGUGGAGCAGUGGUGGAGGUGAAUGGGAGGGAGAGGCUGAAGAGGCACCGGGUGGAGGUGGCCGGCCGGGUCUGGAUUCCGGAUAUAUGGGGCCAGGAAGAGCUGCUCAAGGACUGGAUAGAUUGCACCGUGUUUGAUGCUUCAUUAGUGAGCAGUAGCAUAUUGUCAGCUCGUUCUGCUUUGGUCCAAGAGAGAGGAAUAAGAAGAGCCACUCCCAGUCGACUACGGAUAGAGAACAGGUGUUAGAAAUUUGAUCCCAAUGCUGUCUCCUCCUUCCACUCUUUUGAACAAUUAAUUACCUUUUUAUUUAAUUUUAUCACGAUUUUAUAGAAAUGUUGUAGCUUUUAGUUCUUUUCUUUAUCAAUGAAGACUCGCAAUCACUAUUUUUUAGCUA